AUGUCGGAUCACCACCACCAUCCCAAGGAUCACAUGGUCUUCGACGACUCCAAGGCUGAAGAGUACGUGAAGGAGCAAAUCGUUCAGUCGAAUGCUGAGCAUGUCGUAUCAUGCGUCAAGAGAUACCUCAAGCCUGGAAGCGACAUUCUAGACUUCGGGUGCGGACCAGGCGUUGCUGCCCGCAAGCUUGCUGCACUUUCAGAAGUGAAGAGCGUCCUCGGGGCAGAUGUGUCUGACGGAAUGCUGGGGCAGUUUGAGAAGCUGAAAGGCGCGUCCAAGCAGGAGAAGGAGGAAGUGAAAGCCAAGCUGACCUCUCUCAAGACUUCACCCAACCCUGUCGAGGAGCUCAAGCCACACGUUGGCACGAAAGACAUGGUCAUCAUCUCCUAUGUCAUCGGGCACCUCCAUCCUCGAGAAGCAGGAUACGACGUUGUGAAGAAGGUUGCUGCUUGCUUGAAGCCUGGCGGACACUUCAUCCUCGCAGAGUUCAAGGGAGGAGUUCCCUUCCAUGGCGAGCAUGGCGACGGCCACGAGCACAAUCAUGGGCACGAGCACAAUCAUGGGCACGAGCACAAUCAUGGGCAUGAGCAAGGGCAUGGCCACGGGCACGGGCACGGGAAAGGUCACGGGCAUGGGCACGAGCACGCGCAUGACGGGCAUGAAGUCUAUCACGAGGAUCAGCUUCACGACCUUCUGGCGCAAGCAGGAGUGACCAACACCAAGACGGAGAUGGAGUAUCAGUUCACAAUGUGGAAAGUUGAUGUCGACUGCAUCGUGAUCUCCGGAGUGAAGCAGGUGUGUUGA